AUGGAUCCGAACAGACCUACAGAUGAUCCAGUUACAAAAAAGCCUUCUGCGCCUUCCUCUAGCACAUCGACGACAUCUCAUACUACUAUAUCUUCCGUGAGCACCACGACUACGGCGACCACGACCGCGCCCACGACCGGAGGCCCUCCUGGCCUAAGCCAAUCCGGUAUACCCGAUAACUGCAACAAAUGGCACCUAGUUACAAGCUCCGAAGAGAAUUGUGCUACCGUUGCCGCAAAAUACGACAUAAGCCUGGAGCAGUUUUAUGAUUUGAAUCCCGCUGUUUCACAUGACUGUGUAGACGGGUUCUGGAAGGAUGAAGCAUAUUGUAAGGUAUAUGCGUACAUACCUGCGUCGGAUCUAUUCCUAGGAGCUGUUUUGCAGGCAGUAAUAGGUCGGCAACGGGCCGGCUCGGGUAAACAGUUAACCUGGCUGCCCAGCCUAGAGGAAUUUUACGUCCUCUGUGAAGUCACUAGGUAUUUUGAGGAAAGCUCUAAGUUACCGAAUGACGAUAUCUUCGAUCUAUCACUGAAUUUAGGGGAUAUAUGGCCUAUCCUCUAUCUGAAAGGUCUACAUACAGUUCGUCUGUAUAACUUCGAUCCGGACGGGUUCAGCCAGCUGUUCCACCACAAAAUGUAUAGCGGUAAGUCUGAGUGCCGUAUCGAGUACCUUCAUAUUGCCACGAAAAGAAUGUCUAUCUGCAGAGCAGAAGAUAUAACAGCGCUACUUACUUUACCGGUAGCAUUAAGAAGUAUUUCUUUUUCUUGGAAUAACGACAAGGUCAAGACUAAGGAAAAGAUCAACGGCAAGAGGCGCAAUGUCUGGCAGAUAUCCAACAAUCAAUUCUGGGCUGCUAUCCUAAAAUAUAAAGGGACAUUAGAAUAUCUAGAUAUCUUUCAUGACUUUCCACCAGAACUAGAAUCACGCAAACGUCGACAAACGGAUUACUUUGGCCCCCUCACCGAAUUUGCGAAAUUACGCUAUCUUUCUAUUAAGGCGAAGAUGCUAAUCGGCGGCUGUGUCAAGGGCUCAGUGGCUUCAUUUCGACUGAAGGAAACACUACCAGCCACAAUUGAAACCUUGGUUUUAGCUACGGAAGAUACCGUAGAGAACAUUCAUGACCUUUUACUCCAGGUAAAGGAGAUGGUAUCGCAAUUCCCUCAUCUGACAACCCUUGAGUUCACGGAAACCUGGGCCAUAAGUGGCUGUACUACCUUUACCCAAGGAGCAACUCCGGCUAUAUACCAGCCGCUCAAAGAAGCGUGCUAUCAUAACGGUGUCCGAUUCAGUACUGAAGGAAUCUACAAGCUCACAGUCCAAUUACAAAACUGCCCUUUCCCUUUGGAUGCCGGUUUCCAGUACGAAGAAAUGUGCGAAAGAGCUACCCGCAAAGCUGCAGGACUCCGGGAAACGCCAUCGCCAUUACCUGAACUACGGAGUUGGGGCUUUCGAACAAUUGAGACACACGUCCUCCCAUUCCAGGAUCACGGCGGAAAUACAGCCUUCAUGACCUUUGAGAGUGAGAAAGACAUUCUAUUUCCCCCUCUGUUCAAUCUUAAUAUCUAUUUUACUCAUUCCGAGGGCCCAUUGGCUCAAACCGAUGACAUGAAAGAGGAUCUCCGAGCAAUGCACGCGCGGAUUAGGGCUAACGGUUUCGAUGACGACUACUAUCGACUCGAUAUCUACUUUCUGCCAAACGCCAGUAGUAAGGAUUGUAUUGCGCAUUAUGAAGCCGAGAAAGCGACUCGCGAAGAUUCCAUGGGCCUGCGUCUUGAGGCAGAGAUCAGACUCGACACAAAUUUCCUACUACCGACUAUCCCGCGACUGCCGGGCAUGGUCAAGCGCAUGCGCUAUAUCAGAUAUGGAACGGGCUUUGAGCUUGGGCAGGGCUUUGAUAAGGAAUGGUAUAAUAUUAUCCGUAGUACGAAUAUAGGCUUGGGCGAGCAGUUCUGGGGGUUUGCUCGUCAGGAGCGGGAUAAGACUCUUGCUAUUUACCAGAGUGUUACGGAGAAGGGGUGA